AUGAUCGAUAAGAUUGUCGUAUCAGAUAUAUCGGGUAGCAAAACCCCCAAUGAUAUUAACGUUCAUGUUUGCCCAUUACUUUGCAUCAGGAAAGUGAAGGGUCUCACGCAGCCGAGCAGCAAUGGUUGCACGAGGGAAAUUAUUAUUUCGGAGGGUCCUUUUGAUCGGUGGGCGUACCGGUAUAGGUCGGUAUUGAAGGGGUCCUUUAACCGGGAGUGUACCCGCAGAACACCUGGUGAAUUGACCCUCCAGCUGCGCUCAGGCCUAGGUUUAGGUUUGCGCUAUCGGUUAACCUUGACUGAGCCGCGCGCACGGACGCGGACGUCAGAGCGCCGUGUGCCGCAUCAGAUCCGCGAGGUGCCGUACUCGAACCGUACUCCGCCUUCGCCAACACCAAACAUUUUGAACCAGGACAAGCUUUGCACGAGGAUGUCAAGCUCUCAAUUGAAACAAUCACCGGUCUGCAUUGCAGAUCUGGAGGAUCAUGCUAAGACGAAGCUCAAUCAGAUGACUUAUGAGUACUACCAUUGCGGUGCGAAUGACCAGGAAACCGUGAAGGACAACCUCGAGGCUUACAGGCGGUACAAACUCCGUCCUCGGGUUCUCCGAGAUGUAAGUACGGUCAAUACCUCCACCACGCUCUUCGGCACAGAAUACUCACUACCUCUCGGUAUCGCACCGAGUGCUAUGCAAAGGCUCGCCGGAGGGAAUGGAGAACUAGACACAAGCCGUGCGGCAGCUCGCGCCGGUGUACCGAUGUGCUUAUCAACCUUUGCCACGACCUCCCUCGAGGAGGUAAUCGCCGCUGGUAGGGAAGUCUCCAAGCAAGAGAACAUGCCCGAAAACGAUUAUUGGCUUCAGCUGUACGUCUAUCAAAACCGGCAAACAUCCGAGAAGCUUGUGAAGCGUGCCGAAGCGGCUGGGUUCUCCGCAUUGGUAUUGACGGUCGACAGUCCAUGGAUGGGAAAGCGGUACAACGAAUUGAGGAACAAUUUCAUGUUACCGGCACAUCUCGAGCUUGGGAACUUCAAGGGUAUGGGCGUCAAGACAUACGGCGAACUGGAGACACUGAAGAGACAGGGGAAGGCCGUGGACCCAACCGAAUUGGAGGCGGCAUUGGCGGCCAAGAAUGUGAACGACGCAAGUUUGUCAUGGGAUAUGGCGAUCGACUGGCUCCGCUCCAUCACGAAGAUGAAAAUCAUUGUCAAGGGAUUGAUCACGGAGGAGGAUGCGCUGUUGGCGUUGGACCACAAGGUCGACGCCAUCUGGAUCUCAAACCACGGUGGCAGACAACUCGACGGCUCUGUUUCAACCCUCGACGCACUCCCCGAAAUCGCCCGCGUAGCCAAAGGAAAGGUACCAAUCCUCUUCGAUGGCGGCGUUACCCGGGGGACGGAUAUCCUUAAAGCUGUUGCGUUGGGUGCGGAUAUGGCUUUCAUUGGGAGGAGUGUGUUGUGGGGACUGGCAUAUGAUGGGCAAGCCGGUGUUGAACUCGCGUUGGGGUUGCUUAGGUCGGAGUUUGAGUUGGGCAUGGCGUUGAGUGGGUGUGCUAAGGUGGGGGAUAUCAAGAGGGAGUUGUUGGGGGUGGUGAGGGCUGAUGGGUAUGGGUUGGCAAAACUGUAGGCGACACGUAUAUCCGUGUGGAAACAUGGACAAUAUAUAUACCUCAAUAUACCUAGAGAUGUGUAGAAGAAUACAAUAUUCUUAUUCUAAAAGCGAC